AUGAUUGCAAAUAUUAUGACUAUAUUGCAUGUAAUAACUGUAUUCGAUGAAAGUAUCAGUAAUGGUACCUUACAGAAAGGCACAGCUAUUUCCCGGAUUGAUGAAGAAGAUGGGUUUCAAAUAUUUAAAUAUUCUAAUUAUUUAACUUCAACAAGCGAUACUGAUUCUGAUCCAAGCAAUGGUAUGGAAAUAAUACCAUUUCAGGAGGAGAAAAUAUAUUUAAUAACAGGAAAAUUUUUUGUCUCCCAAGAUGGUUCAAUUAACGUGACGAUUAUAUCAAAUGUGCAUGUUCCUCUAGGCAAAGAUGAUAUACCUGUAAUGAAACCUACAGUUCACCUUCUUGGAAAAACAAUGAAUUAUGCUCAGUUAACAGAAGCUGGAUAUAACUUAGAAAUUCAAGUAAAACCAUAUCUUUCAAAAGAUCAGUUUAAUUCAUUUUCAGUAAAUCUAACUCAUCCAGUAAAUGGGCGAUUUAAAAAUGCCCUAAUGAAAGCUAAGAAAAAUUCUACAAUUCAUGUAACAGGAAUUUUUUUCUUUGCAGAUAAGAAACUGUUUUGUGAAAUAUUAGAAUUUCAAUUUAUUGCAGCUAAAUUCGAAACAGAUAAUACUAUAUCUGUUCCAUGGAAAAGUAAAAUAGAUUCAUCACCGGCAUCUUCAUCAAAAACUAAAUCUUCUAUAGAGAAGAGAAUUGAUCUCAUACGAGAAAAUUUAGAAAAAACACCACCAACACCACCAUUAACUAAUACUUUAAAACAAAAUCGUAAUAGACGUGAAGCUUUUACAACAAAAAUAUCAGAUAUAUCAAGGUCUUUGCUGUCUAAGGAUCAGCAAAUUGAACGUGACACCGAUCAAGAAGCAAAUGAUAUUGUAGAAAUUGAUGAUGAUGAUAAUGAAAGUGUCGUUGAAGAAAAUAAUAAAAAAUAUGACACAUCAAUGGAUAUUCCAAGUAAAACAAGAAAAUCAAAAAGACUAUCAUCAGAUAGCGCUUCAAAACAAAAUCGUAAAAGACGUGAAGCUACUACAAGAUCUUUUCUAUCUCAGAAUCAGCAAAUUGAAUGUGACACCGAUCAAGAAGCAAAUGAUAGUAUUGAAGAAAUUGAAAAAGAUGACCCGCCAGUAGAUAUUCCAAAUAAAACAAGAAAAUCAAAAAGAAGAAAAGUAUAA